AUGAACACGAACUUUUUAAAUACUUUGGCAAACGCUAUAGAGAAUAAAGAGGAAGAGUUAAAAAAAAGGAGAGAAACUGCUAAACAAUGCCUUAGAGAGCUAAUCAUUUGUAUAGAAAAUUGCCAGUGUCGCUUUGGAGGGAAAUCUGAAUUAGCUACUGAAGAUGAUAUUAGAAUAGCACAUCUUUGUGAGAAAUGGGAGAAGGUCCUCAGUCAUGGUUUAAGAACCAAUCUAUCAAAUUAUACAAUUCAAAACUUUGUAUCAGCAGGAUUAAAUUUGAAUUUUAACUUUGUCAAUGUUGGUAACUCAUUGUGGAGCUACUGCUGCCUUCACUUAACAAAGCAUGAAAAAGAGAGGUUUAAAAUUCUCACAAAUAUAAAUACCCCUUUAGGGUAUUUCAGAAGUUUUCUUCGAGCUGCAUUAAAUGAGCGCUCACUGGAAAGAUAUCUACAAAGUUGGAUUUGUCACGGAUUACUCUUAGAAUAUUAUGACGAAGGCUCUAUUGUCAGGACCUCAGAAGCCAAUCUCCUUCCUAAUAUGGCGGCGGGCUUGUCUACUGUCUUAUUUGCUUUAUCAAUUGAUAGAGCCGAGUUGAAUGACUCAACACAUGCAAAUCAGUUAAACAAAGCAGAGCUUGUUAUACCAUUACCAACACCAAUUAAAUCAUCUGCAAAAUCUAAAAGAAGACCGCUGAGACAGGUUAUAUCAUUUGACAAAUCGGAGCAGAAAAGUGUACAAAGGGGGCUUGCAACAAAUACACCGAUAACAGACAAUGUGUCUGAGCCAUGGAAUAGUGCACCUGCUACUUGCUUGAAUUCUCCAGACCCGCAGCUAGGAAUAGCAACAGCAUCAACAAGUGAACCAAAUAGUUCAGAUUACAAAUCUGGCAUAAGACAUUUUUUCCCAGAUGGGGUUAAGUCAAUAGAGAGUCCUUUGCAAAUAUUGUCCAAACUUUCUGAGAGUGCAAAAGAAAUUUUCACAAGUACAACAAGUAUAGAAAAAAACACUGUUAAAGAUGAUUCAUCCGAUUUAAGUGUAAACUGUUUGAAAAUAUCGGAAAGUGAUAGUGAGGAAGUGGCAGGUAGCAUAGACGGUAGUACAUCCUGCUUAGAGCUUUGCUUCACUGAAGAUGAAAGUGCCUCUGAGAAAGCACUUGAUUCAGUUUUGGAGUGCAGAGAGAAAGAGUUUGUAAACCUACAGCUAAAGUAUAAUCAAAUUGAAUUGUCAAGUAAGGAUAAGAUACAAAAACUGGAAAAGCUUGUACUGGACCUUAGCAAAGAGAAUGAUAGAUUAAAAGAACAGUUGAGGAACUAUAUGUCUGCAGUUGAAAUGGGGAAAGCUAUGAAAACGCAUAAUGGACAGGAUGAAGAAAUUACACAAUAUGAAAAAAAACUAGUACAGGUGGCAGAAAUGCAUGCAGAGCUCAUGGAAUUUAAUCAACAUUUACAGCAACGACUACAAGAACUCGAAAGCUCUGGGAUAGAAAUAUUAGAUUGCCCCGAAUCUAAUGUUAAAGUUUAUAUUCCAAGUGCUUUCUUAGUUGGCAAAAAAACACACUCAUAUCAUGUUUAUCAGAUAUUUCUCAAAGUUGGACAAGAGGAAUGGAAUGUUUACCAUAGAUACGCAAAAUUUUAUGAAAUGCACACUCAACUGAAAAAAUGCCAUCCAGACAUAGCCAAUUACAAGUUUCCCCCGAAAAAGGCAUUAAGGAAAAGGGAUGCACGAGUGGUUGAACAGCGCCGUGUCGCACUUCAAGCAUACUUACGUCAUGUCGUCCUAGUGUUACCAGAACUUAAAGAAUGCACCUCACGGGCGCAACUCAUCACUUUACUUCCUUUCUUGGGUACCUCAUCAACAGUGAAGGAGAAUGGUGUUAACAAUAUAGUGACAAGACAAAAUUCCAACGACUCCUCGUCUACUUAUGAUCCUCUAUGA